UUUAUAUAAAUUACACGAAAGUUAUAACAAAAAUGGUUGAAAUGACACCAACUAUCAAUUUGGACCCAUUUGUAAACCCGAACCGUUUGAUCAAUGAAUUUGAUUUAAUGGACAAUAGUCUCGGUGUCGGUGGUUUUGCAGUGGUCAUCGGCGGUAAACAUAAAAUCGAUGAAAAGAUCUACGCUAUUAAAAUGAUACCUAUUGUCGGAUUGGAUAGCAAUGAUCUUCGCAUUGAUUUUAACAAAAAAAUUGGUGAAAUUAAGUUGUGGUCUAAACUAGAGUUUGGCGAUUGUGUUCAAUACCGGAGCGCGUGGUUAGAAAGGGAUGAAGAGUCGAGACAACGUCUUCUAAGAUAUUUAUCUGGCGUUUCAAAAGAAAGAGAAGACAUUUUUAGGAAAGCCAUACAUUAUGCCGUCCUUAACAUUCAAAUGGAUUACUGCUGGUUCUCAUUGAAAGACAUAUUAAUCAAAAUUAUGUCAUAUUUUGGUGUUAAUAAUAAUGGAUUUUUAUCACCAAUUGCUUACUACAUAUCAUCGGAACUGUUUGUUGAGAUACUAGAAGUCAUAAACCGAUUGCACACCGAUUGUAUGCCACUUGUUAUUCAUCGAGAUAUCAAAUCGUCUAAUAUAUUAAUUAAAUAUAGUCCACAACACGGCUUUGUAAAGUUGGCCGACUUUGGUCUGGCAGUCGAACACAAGAGAAAAUCGCAAAGUCAUAGCAAAUGUGUGGGAACUGCUCGUUAUAUGGCACCGGAGGUCAUCUUCUCCAGAAAAUACAACGAGAAGGCAGACAUCUAUAGCAUUGGUAUUAUGCUUCAGGAACUCUUUAACUUUGACAUCAAUCAUAUAAACGAUCAGUUAGAUAUUGAAUUACUGGAACAAUAUAAGUGUCUCAAAACACUAAUAAAACGGAUGACUGAAGGGACACCAUCAGGAAGACCUUCAUGUCGAGAGAUCAUUGAAAAGGAUGAUCUAAAUGGUUGGGCUCUGUCUUAUCAUGUGGUUAGAGAUGAAGUCUUAAAUACCAUUGAUAUCAAUCGGACAUAUAAUGGACAGGAGAGGUUUGUUGAGUUUUUCCUCAAAAUAAAAAAUGCUGCCAAUAAUAAUAACUAAUGAUAACUAAAUUAAAAUUUUUAAUUGUAUUAAA